UUUAUGAUCCUUCAUUUCAAAUAUCGAGUUUCAUUCAUCCAUCUAGUCCCACGUGGUCGACGGUUUGGUUGCUGGUGAUCGGUCACCGAUUUGGUUGUGUUUAGGGUUGGUAUGAAGGUGGAAAGACGAAGGUUAGAGAGAAAGAAGAGGUGGUGGGAUGAAAAGGAUUGGGUUAGCGGGUGAAUUAAUUGGGGUUUUGGAAAUUAAUUUUAUGUAAAACGAAAAUGACACAACUAAAAUUUCUCCCAGUGAAGCCUUCAUCUUGAGAGAUUGGGCUCUCUCUCCUGCCACAGCCAAAGCUUCGAUUAAAGAAGCAUGCGGCCAUGUACUGUUUCAUUCGUCCUUUUCACAGCGCUGUUCAUCUUCUCAAGCCCUCUUCCAUAUUAAAUUCUAACCACAGACCUUUAAUUUCUUGUCAUUACACUCACUCUGAAGAUGUUUCCAUCAAACCCCUCCUUCAAACACACAAUGUUGUUGACAUCCAAUUUCUUGUUCAAUUACUGCGACAUGGGUCUCCCCCUACUCCUCCCAUUCUCACUAAAACCAUAUCCAUCUGCACAAAAUCCACCCUUCUGGACUUUGGAAUUCAAGUCCAUUCAACCAUUAUCAAGCUGGGUUUCUCUCUCAAUCCUUAUAUUUUUACUGCUCUUGUUGAUAUGUAUGGUAAAUGUUGGUCUAUCUCGGAUGCCCACAAGGUGUUUGAUGAAAUGAGUUGUCCAAGUGUGGUCACUUGGAAUUCUUUGGUUACUGGUUAUUUGCAAGCUGGCUACCCUUUGAUGGCAGUUUCUUUGUUUUUAGAGAUGCUAAAGAAAGGGAUUGAACCCACCCCUUCAGUUUAUCUGGUGGUCUUGUGGGCUGUUCUCAGUUACAAAAGGGAGAUCUUGGAAGUCAACUUCAUGCUAUGAGUUUGAAACUAAGGUUUUCGUCUAAUGUUGUUGUGGGUACAGGAUUAAUUGAUAUGUACUCUAAGUGUUGCAACCUUCAGGAUUCGAGGAGAGUGUUCGAUAUAAUGCUGAACAAGAAUGUGUUUACUUGGACUUCGAUGAUCUCUGGUUAUGCUCGGAAUCAGUUGCCUCAUGAGGCAAUGAUUUUGAUGAGAGAAAUGCUGCAUUUGAAUCUUAAACCAAAUGAAUGUUGCGGUAGCUUGGAAGACUAUAGGAAGGUUUGCUCAAACAUUAGAAUGUCAGACCAGAUUUCGUGGAAUGCAGUCAUAGCUGGUUUUACGAACUUGGGAAUUGGUGAGGAAGCUUUGGAAUGUUUCAUUCAAAUGAGGAGGGAAAAAUUUGAUGUGGACUUCUUCACAUUUACAAGCAUUUUUAAGGCUAUAGGUAUGACUUCAGCUCUAGAAGAAGGAAAGCAAAUUCAUGGUCUAGUUUAUAAAACUGGAUAUACUCUAAAUUUAUCUGUCCAAAAUGGUCUUGUGUCUAUGUAUGCUAGAUCUGGUGCUAUCAGGGAUUCAAAAAUGGUCUUCUCGAUGAUGAAUGAACACGACUUAAUAUCCUGGAAUUCAUUGCUUUCAGGAUGUGCUUACCAUGGAUGUGGUGAAGAGGCUAUAGACUUAUUUGAGAAAAUGAGAAGAACGUGUAUCAAACCAGAUAAUACCUCAUUCCUUGCUGUUCUCACUGCUUGUAGUCAUGUUGGCUUGCUGGACAAGGGACUUGAAUAUUUCAAGUUGAUGAGAAAUAGUGAAUUGGUCGAACCUCCAAAGCUGGAGCAUUAUGCUACCUUGGUUGACCUUUUCGGUCGAGCAGGAAAGCUUUAUGAAGCUGAAGCUUUCAUUGAAAGCAUCCCGAUAGAACCAGGGAUUUCAAUUUACAAAGCUUUGUUGAGUGCUUGCCUAAUCCAUGGAAAUAAAGAUAUUGCCAUUCGUACUGCGAAAAAGCUUUUGGAACUAUAUCCAUAUGAUCCAGCAACUUACAUCAUGUUGUCGAAUGCGCUGGGGAGAGAUGGUUAUUGGGAUGAUGCUGCUAGCAUAAGGAGGCUAAUGUCCAACAGAGGAGUCAAGAAAGAACCUGGUUUCAGCUGGAUGUGACUUCAUUAAAGGGGAAUUUUCAGGAUAAAUUAUGAUCCUACAAGGCAAAUGGUUGACAGAUAAACACUUUUAAUGGGGUUCAUAGCUAAACUUCCUCAAAGAUCAUUUUAUAAUUAUCCUUUGGGUUUAUUCUCUGGGACGAGGUUCAUUCGAUACCUGUGGUUGAUACUUACUUUGUGAUCCUUGGGUUUGUCCCUUUUCUGGUGAAGAAUUUGACAAAUACAUGAUUCCUAGCUCUGUAUUUAUUCAAAACUAACUUAUUUGUGGUAGAUCAACUGCAUAUCUGGGUCUCUUUACCACAAAUUUGAUGCUCUAUGUACAUCAUUUGGACCGAGUAAAUGAGGCUAUGCUAUUGCAGGAGAAACUCUUAAGUUAUGGGGCGUGAGAAGGGGGAUUUGAAAUUGGGUAAGACCAAACAAAUCAGUAGGAGAAGACAAAUAAUUGAACCAAAAUUUCAAAAUUUCCUCUCCAAGGAUAUAGAUAAAUUAGUGAUUAGGAGAUUAUGCAUCGAUGACAGAGGUGCCACACCAAUCAAUAUACGUAGUUGCUUCAUUGCUUGUAAUUUAGAGGGAGAACCAGCGAUGUAUUUAUGUCUGUCAUGACUGAAAAGAGCAUAGCCCUCAAAGAGCACCCUUCGAAUUUCCUCAAACUGAGAAAGGAACAUUUGGAGCUGAAGCUUGUUGAAAAUUCCCAGAGAAAAUUGUUCCUUCCUCCAGAUUAGUAUUGCUGAACAAGAAAUGCAGGAAGUUACACAGCUGAAAUUGCCUGCACUGGAAGAUUAAGUUUGGUCUUCCUUCAUUCAGUUUAGAUGUAAAUGCUAGAAAUCUGUUUGUAAAAGUUACUGAUUGGAAAUACAUUGGGUAUUGUUAAUGACUAGCAAUUUUGUUUAUCGUUUAA